AUGGCACCCACAUCGCUCAAGCAGCAGAUAAAAGACCGACUGUGUCUCACGGCUGGCUUACCUUCUGCUCAGCCGACCUUAUCCGCCUGGCAGGAACCACCUGCCCCAAUCGCCACCAUCCAAUCCGAGACGCUUCCUCCAGUAACGGACAUCGCCAUCAUCGGCUCCGGCAUCACCGGUACCAGCGUUGCCCACACUUUGCUCAACCAUCGACAAGCUUCCAACUUUCGAGUGACCAUCCUAGAGGCUCGCAAUGCUUGCAGCGGGGCUACGGGCCGAAAUGGCGGCCAUCUCAUCUCGGACACUUGCGGCCAUUUCGAGCACCUAGUUGCUUCUUUGGGCACUGAAGAAGCCGUCAAAAUUCUACGAUUUUCCGAGGCCAACAUUAAAGAGCUCAAGGCUUUGGUUGAUCAGCUGAUCAUCUCCAGCAGUACCAUCACCGACAAGCCGAUCGUGGACAGCCUCAGACGUUCUCUGAGCCUAUUGCAAGAGGCAGUAAAUAAGACAACACUUGCGUAUAGGAUUGUGGAAGAUGGAGAGACCAUCCGUAGUAAAUACAAGUACCGCGACGGGCUUGCUGUUUUCGAGCAAGAGGGAGCUGGUGCUCUAUGGCCCUACCGGCUCAUCACAAUUCUCCAGAAACAUCUACUGGAUACUCAUGCGGGUCGCUUCAGCCUGGAGACUAACACUCCCGUUGUUUCGAUAUCACAUGACGAGAAUGUAUCUCAAAAUGAGCCUGGGUAUGUGCUACAGACGCCAAGAGGCACCAUUCAAGCACGCAAGCUCAUCCAUUGCACCAACGGAUAUUCUUCGCACUUGUUGCCGAGCCUGACGGGAAGCCUUUAUCCCCUUAGAGGAACGGUUUCGGUCCAAGACCCCGGACAAUCGUUCCCCAAACUCGGUGAUAAAUAUUCGUGGACCAAGAUUCACACUGGCGGGUACAAUCUGGAAACUAGAUGCCUUACCACAGGACUUUAUUACGCCCAGCAAAAUGCAAAGACUGGAGAGAUUGUCAUUAGAGGGGAGAGCCAGGAGAUUGAAAACCUCCUGACAAGCGACGACUCUCAAAUCGCAGAUUCAGCCCGAAACCACAUUUCCUCGAUCGUUCCGAAGAUCUUCCUCGACGCAGAUGAUGCCAAGACUAAAAAGGUCUGGUCUGGAAUUAUGGGGUUUACUGCAGAUAAUCUACCCAUGAUCGGAAACCUGAGCCGUACAACAACAGGGCGGACAGGCAGCGACGAGUGGAUUGCGGCAGGCUUCAACGGUCAUGGUAUGGAUAAGUGUUGGCUCAGUGGGCAAGCGGCGGCAAGGAUGGCGCUCGGUGAGGACGUGCCGUCUUGGUUGCCGGAAUCGUUCCUCGUCAGUGAGGAGAGAUUGAAGGCGUGCACAUUGGAUGCUGCUGCUGAGGGAAUGAUGAGCCUGUUCACUGAGGAGUCGUCGAAGUCGUAA